UGUUUUGAUACUUUGAACGUAUCCGAUUUAAAAUCACUGGUUGUCGAAUACAGUGAAUCAUUUAGGCCUAGGGGCUCGCAUACAAUCAUUGAUCGUAUCGUUUUGGAUAGCAUGAUGCCAUCACUGUUGAGCCAAAAUGCCCAAAUUGGAACAUGUUGAACUGAUUGGGGUAAAUACGAGUAUUUGUGGUGACGUGCCGGAGCACCUGAGUCGCGUGCCCCGGCUGAGGCACCUGAGUACCACGUACCAGCUGGAACAGCGCCACGUGGAGCUCAUAACGAAGCGCUGUCAGGAACUGCGCAGCUUGGAGCUGUUAAAUUGUGAAUCCCUGACUGGCAUCGACGUGAUCUGGCGGCAAGCGGGCUCCCGCCUGACCUCGCUGAAGCUCGACCAGCUGUUCAGCGCGAGCGACGACAAUAUCGUGGAGUUAAUCAAAGGCUGCCCACGGCUCCAGUCGUUAACGAUCGGCGGCGCGGAGGCGCUGACUUGCGCGCUGCCGGCGCGCGCGGCGGCGGCGCGGCGCGCGGCCAGCCCGGGCCGGCCGCUGCGCCUCGACCUCAGCUACACCAACCUCUCCGACGAGUAUUAUCUGCGACUGGAAGACCGUGGAUUGGAGCGUAACGCGCAAUACGAAGAAUUGAAAGCGAAGUACGAAGACCUGAUAAUAGUCCUCGAGAAAACGAUGGAUGAAUAUGACGACGAGCAGUCUGAAGAAUCGUCCUCAGACUACAAUUACUUCGAUUACUCUGACUAUGAGUAUGAUGAUGAUUAUGAUUAUAUUUAUCCGGGCCCAUUUAUGCGGUAUGAGUAGUGUGAGAGUACAUAAAGACGGUCAACCGAAUUUUGUUAAUUAUAAUUUCUGUAGAACGAUAAACCUUCGCCCAACAUUUCCAAUUUUUUUUUUAAAUAUAGUGGCUCGUGGAUGACUCGGCCAACGUCAAGAUUUGGAAUUCGUCCUUUGAAGAAAAUUGGCUAGUGAGCCCUACAUUUUUAUUUGUCACCUUUUUUAUUGCCAAGAUUUGUUUGACCAUCCGAACAAAAACAUUGUCACCUCAGCAGUUGACGAUGUAACUAAAAUCGCAUGCGAGUUCGCCGAGGAAAUGCCCUUAGCCCCUAGGUUAGGUUAGGUUAGAUUAGAUUAGCCCUUAAGAGAGCGGUCAAAAUGAUAGGGUCUGAUACCUACGUGAUAUAAGUAAGAUGUUUCGUAAGUGAAUUGUGAUGUAAGACUAUAACUACUAUAAGGUCUAUAAGUGAUUUGAAUUUUUCUAUGUUGUUCCAUUAUUUGUCUAUUGUGAAAUAACCUUGUUAUUUCUACUGUGCCAUUAAAUUGUUAUAAGUAAUUUCAA